GAGUUUUUUUUUUCUUCAUGCUGAAGUGAAGUAAGCACAGGGAAGAAGAGAAAAGAAAAGAGAACUGUAAACUAAGAUCAAAUUUUGUACAUUCAUCAUCCUAGGAAAUUCCUUUUCUCAAUCAAUCUAAAACCCUUACUUCUUCUACCACUCUAUUUUCCUGUCUGCUACAUACAAACUUAUUUUUCGCUCUCCUCCAUUGUUGUUUGUCAUCGGUAAUUAUACAAAAACCCAUAGAAGUGCAGUCGAAGAAGACGACUGCACCAAAUGGUGGGUCCCAAGAAUACUUCUUCUCCUUCUGUCCCCAAAUCUGGCGCCAUUUCCAAGGGUUAUAACUUUGCUUCCACUUGGGAACAGAAUGCUCCAUUGACAGAACAGCAGCAAGCAGCGAUCGUCGCCUUGUCUCAUGCUGUUGCCGAGCGACCAUUUCCUCCUAAUUUGGCGCAAGAGGGAACACCAGGGCAGGAACAUGGUUUAACUAUUGAUACUCAGGAUAGUGUUGCUGAUAAUUCUGCUGCUAUUGAGGCUGUUCUAGUCAACACGAAUCAGUUUUAUAAAUGGUUUACAGAUCUUGAAGCUGCAAUGAAAUCAGAGACAGAGGAGAAGUAUAGACACUAUGUUGAUACUCUGAUACAGCGAAUACAAACUUGUGAUGGUAUACUUCGCCAGGUGGAUGAUACCCUUGAGCUGUUUAAUGAACUACAAUUUCAGCAUCAAGCAGUGGCAAAUAAGACGAAAACUCUUCACGAUGCAUGUGAUAGAUUGCUUUUAGAGAAACAGAAAUUGAUCGAAUUCGCAGAUGCACUUCGGAGUAAGCUGAGCUACUUCGAUGAAUUGGAGAAUAUUUCAACAAGCUUUUAUUCCCAAAGUAUGAAUGUUGGAAACCAGGACUUUCUUCCCCUGCUCAAGCGAUUAGACGACUGUAUAUCGUAUGUUGAGAGUAACCCCCAAUAUGCAGAAUCCAGUGUGUACUUGGUCAAAUUCCGACAGCUACAGUCACGAGCAUUGAAUACAAUACGGUCCCAUGUCCAGUCGGUCCUCAAAAAUGCGUCAUCUCAGGUUCAUGGAGCGAUACGGAACAUUGGUGGCAAUAAGCCUGCUGUUUCUGAAGGCAUGGAGGCAUCUAUUAUCUAUGUCCGUUUUAAGGCGGCUUCAAGUGAGCUUAAGCUCGUGUUGGAGGAAAUUGAAAGUAGAUCGUCAAGGAAAGAAUACUCCCAGCUUCUUGUGGAAUGCCACAAGUUGUACUGUGAGCAGCGGCUUUCCUUGUUGAAAGGCAUUGUGCAGCAGCGAAUAUCCGACUUCUCUAAGAAAGAGGCAUUGCCAUCAUUGACUCGGUCUGGGUGUGCGUACUUGGCACAGGUUUAUCAGCUCGAACACCAACUUUUCAGUCAUUUUUUCCCAGCUUCUGCAGAGGAUGUUUCAAGUUUAGCUCCUCUGAUAGAUCCUCUGUGCACUUACUUGUAUGACACUCUACGCCCCAAAUUUAUACAUGAAACAAAUAUAGAUUUCCUCUGUGAACUUGUUGAUGUGCUAAAAGUCGAGGUGCUUGGAGAGCAGCUCAAUAGACGAAGUGAAUCUUUAGCUGGUUUGCGGCCUACUUUUGAAAGAAUUUUGGCUGAUGUACACGAGCGACUAACAUUUCGUGCUCGGACUCAUAUUCGUGAUGAGAUUGCAAAUUAUCUACCUGUUAAUGAAGACUUGGAUUACCCUGCUAAGCUGGAACAGUCUCCUGAGGUUGAAGAGGGAGCUCAAACUAGUGAAGAAAAUCAAGACGUCUUCAGAACAUGGUACCCACCCUUGGAGAAAACUCUGUCACUGCUGUCAAAACUGUAUCGAUGUUUAGAACCAGGAGUUUUCACUGGUCUAGCUCAGGAAGCAGUGGAAGUUUGCUCCUUGUCUAUCCAAAAAGCUAGUAAACUCAUAUCACAGAGAUCAUCACCAAUGGACGGGCAACUUUUUCUGAUAAAGCAUCUUCUUAUAUUAAGAGAGCAGAUUGCUCCAUUUGAUAUAGAAUUUUCUGUCACACAUAAGGAGCUCGAUUUCUCUCAUUUGCUGGACCAUCUUAGACGACUUCUCAGGGGACAAGCCUCUCUAUUUGAUUGGUCUAGAUCAUCAUCAAUUGCAAGGACCUUUUCUCCGCGAGUGUUGGAAAGUCAAGUAGAUGCUAAGAAGGAGUUGGAGAAAAUUCUUAAAUCCACUUGUGAAGAAUUUAUAAUGUCGGUGACAAAGCUAAUAGUGGACCCACUGCUUUCAUUUGUGGCUAAGGUGACGGCUGUGAAAAUUUCACUUUCUUCUGGCAGUCAAAAUCAAAAAAUUGAGACUGUCAUGGCAAAACCUCUGAAGGAGCAAGCUUUUGCAACUCCAGAGAAGGUGUCUGAAUUAGUUCAGAAGGUUAGUGCUAUGAUACAGCAGGAGUUACCCAGAGUGAUACAAAAGAUGAAGCUUUAUCUAUUGAAUCCAUCAACAAGGACAAUACUUUUCAAGCCAAUAAAGACAAAUAUAUUGGAAGCUCACACUCAGGUACAAUCACUUCUGAAAUCAGAGUACUCACCAGAAGAGAUAGAGAGCAUCAAAAUGGUCUCAACACAAGAUUUACAGGCAGAGCUUGACAGCCUACUCUAGGUUUGGUAGAAGCUCUUAUGAAGCAUGUCCAUUCACUUCAAACUGUUAGUAUAUGUCCAUAUUAAACCUUUACAUGAAAUUACAUCUACCAAAAUGAUUAUUGUCCUUCCUGGGGAUAUUAAUUGCCUUAGUAAUAUUCCUUGUACCAGCUUCUGCAGUAUCCGAGUACAUUCUUUUUGUCAGAUCUUGAAAAUUCAUUGUAAUUAAUUUCAAUUCACCAAUUUUUGAGAAAUGUGACAGUAAUAUACAAGUUUGAGAGCGACGUUUUCCUAAAA